AUGGCUAUUCUAUCUGUCUUUGUUUGUGGCGUGACAGGAGUCCAGGGAGGAGCACUUGCACGAGAACUUCUUGCGAAGGGUGUCUCUGUUCAUUCACUUUCUCGUGACCUUGAUUCGGAGAAGUCCAAAGCUUUCCAAUCUCUUGGUGUAAAGCUUUGGCAUGGAGACUUUGAAAAUGAAGAAGCCCUUAAGACUGCAAUCGCAGGCACGCAGGCCCUCUACCUAAACCUAGUGCCCAAUUUCUCAGACCCAUCUGGAGAACUGCGCCAGGCAAAGCUUAUUAUUCGGAUCGCCAAAGAAUCCGAAGUCUCUCACUUGGUCCAGGGCAGCGGAAUUGGCUUCGACCUUCUCCAGCAAAGCGUCGCAGAUCAGCCUGAUUCCCCAAUCGCGGCAAUGGCUCAAAGCAAGCUUGAUAUCGAAGCCGAAGUACGCAACGCUGGCUUCCAGACCUUUACUAUCUUGCGCCCAGGGACAUUCAUGACGAAUUUUCUUGCGCCCUUUGUCGCCCAUUAUCCAGGCCUUGCCGAAAACGGGCGCUGGAUCGCUCCCGUAUCUCCAGAGACAGCCCUUCCGAUCGUGGACCCAAAGACAAUCGGGAUCUUUGCCUCCGAGGCAAUUCUCGACCCAGCUAGAUUCAAUGGCAAGGAGAUUGCGUACACGGAUGAGCUCCUCCCCAUUGACAAACUACUGAAUAAGCUGGGCAAGGCAGCUGGCAAGAAUCUGGAGCUGGUUCCCCUCUCAGAUGACGAGAUUGAAGCCCAAAAGAAACAAAAUCCCUUCAUCUACGUGCAGCUUACUAUGCAGGAGAUUCAUAAGCAAGUUGAUAUUGAAGAUGUGAAGGCUUGGAAUCUUCCCUUGAGCUCCUUCGACGCCUUCUUAGAGGGGAAUAAGGAGAAGGCCCAGGCUACUUUUGCCAAUGUACCGUAA